GGGGGGGGGGGGGGGUGAAAAAUUCAAAACCUUAUUUCUGUUUGCUCUUUUACGAUUUCGAAGUCGAGUAUGUAAAAAUUGGGGGGAUCGAUUUUCAUUUUUUUGGGGGAGGAUUCAGUGUUUUUGAAGAACACAAACAAUCUUAAAAACUUGAUUUCUCCUUUCCGGUGAACUUUGGUCGGAGAUAACUCAACGUUUUCAGAAAUCUUUUGGGAAAUCAGUAGCUUACCUUAAAGUUUCGUACCAUUUGACAAUUGUUUAUCUGUUCUUAAACAUUUCUCACACGAAAACUUUCGGGUCUAUUUCGAUCUGGGGUUUGAAUCUGUUCGGGUGUAGAUUUGACGACUUCGACACCCCAGUUCAUUGCACACACAAAAGGACGUCCGUAAAUGGUGUGGUUGGAGUGACAUGGCGCAAGACUUUAUGGACAGAUUCAGUUUUAACACUGAUAUCACGCCAGAUAGAGUCUACAUGACUAAGUUAACCAAGAAGUCAACUGAGACGUUCCGCGAGUAUGCGUUACGCUGGAGGUCAGAAGCGGCCAGGGUUCAACCUCCGAUGAAUGAUAGAGAAAUGACUGCUACCUUCAUUGAAUGCCAGGCUGACGUAUUUUAUGAGAAAAUGAUAGGUAUGAUGGGACAGAAAUUCACAGAAGUUGUCCGAAUGGGAGAAGCCUUAGAAGAAGGAAUCAAAUCGGGGAGAAUUCAGGAUCUUAUUGCUUUACAAGCAAUAAACAAAGCUAUUCAAUCUGGUUCUAUCGGCGGGGUUAAAAAGAAGAAGGAAGAUGUCGCUGCAGUCAUGAACGUCCAAGGGCAUAAGCCGAGCCAAGCCAUUACAUACUUUAACCACCCACAACAACCUUUCUACCCUUACCACUACCCUGAACCAUACCAAGCUCCACUAUCUCCUUACCCUAUCUACAACACCCAAGCAAACUACUACCAACCCCGAGCACCUUCACAUCAAAACCCACGUCCAUAUCAACCCGUCCAAGCUCCAACUUACCAAAAUCGACCACACACUACACCUAAAGCCUGUCCAAACCAUGACAUCAAAAAUACCCGUAAGUACACUCAGAUCGCUGAACCCUUGGCUCAAUUAUUCGAAAGACUGAAAGCUGCAGGUCUGAUACAACCAGGGAAAAUUCCCGAUCCUAUUCCAAGAUGGUUGAUGGUUCCAAGCGUUGUGCAUACCAUUCUGGAGUUGCUGGGCAUGACACUGAGGAUUGCUUUGGUCUUAAAAACAAAAUCGAAGCCUUGAUCAAGGAAGGAGCGAUCCAGCUCGCUGAAGCUAAGCCCAAUGCGGUCAACAAUCCUUUACCUGCUCACGAAGAUGCCAAGAUUUGAAAGAAUCCAGUGUGUCAAUUGGAAGGGUGGAAAGGGGCAUGUCAUCAACUUUUGUCGCUCCCAUGGGAACAAUCCAAAGACAAACACACAUAAAGAUUACUGCUACAACUACUCACAAUACCGAGACAUCGACCAUACGGGGUGCCGAACUAGGAGAGACUCUGAAGAAUUGGACUUGUACUCCGUCCCUGAUUCGCCGGGAGUCUUGGUAGUAUGAACAUGUAGUGAACUUGUUUUUUUUUUUAAAUUGAGGUUUGAAUCGUACCCAAAACUUUUGUUUGUUUUGCUUCAUCUUUUGGAAGCUUAAAUUGCAAAAACUAUGAAUGCAUUUCUGAUUUUCCUUAAUCAUCCAUUAUUGUUAGUUUCUACUUUAUUUAUCAAAACUGCCAACUCUAUGAUUGUGACAUAAAAUGAAC